CGUACUCUACUACUACAACUAGUUGGGCUAUUCUUCCCACUUUUUCUUUGCCCAGUUCCUUGCCAUGUAGAUGGCGAUUUGCUGAAGACUUCUUGAUUUCCUGGUCCUAUAGUUUUCAUCAUUUCAAAUAUCAUUGGACGUGGGGUCUUCCUUAAGAGUUGAUACUGCGUACCCAAAUCUCAUUAAGUUGGCGAUGGAUAGCCACCACUUUCGCAGCCUGGAGGGUGGAUGCUGGAGGUAUCUAAUGAACUUUGAUGUAAAAUCUGACCAUCCAUUUGAAGGAGUUUGGGUCUAUUAGACCUGGUCCUUUUUUAGUUAACAGUAGUCUGAGUCUUUGGGCGCACAUAUGGUAGUCGCCCACGUGUAUUCCAUAGCUAGGUUUCAAUUAGAUCUGGGUGUCAUCUUGAAGUAGAGGUGUGUUGCUGUAGCAGAGCAUCUUCUGAAGUUUGAAGCUUGCAAGGUUGAAGCUUAAAGGAGAGGUAAAUUCAUCCUGCACAUAACGUGUUCGACAGAAGGUUUCUUAGAGAGCUUUCAUCAUGGCAACUGGUAUGACUCCUCUUAACGUCUCUCAAUCCCUGGUACCCAUAUUCAGUGGACAAAAUUAUGAGUUUUGGAGAGUCAAAAUGAGGACAUUUUGCAUUUCUCAAGAUCUUUGGGAUCUAGUUGAUAAUGGUUCUACAGAGGAGAGACAAAAUGAGUUGAAGGAACUCUAUAAGAAGGACACAAAAGCUCUUUUGAUGCUGCAGCAAGCUGUGUCAAAUGCUAUCUUUCCUCGGAUUGCAAAUGCCACCAAAUCACAUGAAGCUUGGAUCAUCUUGAAACAAGAAUUUAAUGGAGAUAGCAAGGUAACAACUGUGAAACGCCAAACUCUUAGAAGAGAAUUUGAGACACUUUUUAUGAAAAACUCAGAAUCUGUCCAAAAGUUUUUCAGCAGAGUUUCUGUCAUUAUCAAUCAAAUGAGGAUAUUUGGUGAGGAUAUUUCAGAUCAAAAGGUAGUAGAGAAGGUCUUGAGAAGUCUUUCCCAAAAAUUUGAUCAUGUAGUCAUUGCUAUUGAAGAGUCUAAAGACCUAUCUGCUUGUUCUCUUAAUGAAUUAAUGGGUUCCCUUUUAGCUCAUGAGCAGAGAAUCAAUAGGUCAUCUGAGAAAAAUAUUGAGCAUGCAUUUCUGUCCAAAGUAGAAAUUACUAACAAAUCUAAAAAUGGUGAAGGAACUUCUCAACAAAGAAAUGCAGGAAGAGGUGGCUAUCGUGGCCGAGGCUGAAGAAGAAGAAGAGGAAGGUCAAAUUAAUAGAACCACAAAAAAGCUGACAAUGGUGACAAAGCAAACUUCAAGCUCAAUUACAAAGGAAAGCAAUGUCGUUUUUGUCACAAAUAUGGCCACAUUGAAGAGAGCUGUUGGGAAAAGGCAAAACAAUAAGCAAAUUUUGCUGAAGAAAAGGAGCAAGAAGGUAAUUUGCUUCUUACCUUUCUUAAUCCUAAAGAGAGUAGAAAAGAUAUUUGGUUUCUGGACAGUGGGUGUCGUAAUCACAUGUCUGGAAUGAAAAGCCUUUUCCAUGAGAUUGAUGAAUCUGUCAAGCAAACCAUGAGACUUGGUAAUGACAGAGAAGUUCAGAAUGAAGGCAAGGAGACAGUUGCUGUAAAAACUAAAUUAAGUACUGAAAAACUUAUUUAUGAUGUUUACUAUGUACCUAGUUUAGCUCAUAAUCUAUUGAGUGUUGGUCAAUUGAUUCAAAGAGGAUUUCUAGUUUUGUUUCAUUAUGACAUGUGUGAACAUAGAAAUAUGAAAUCUAGUAUGCCACCUAUCAAAGUCCAUAUGACAGAAAAUCGAAUGUUUCCCCUUGAGCUUUCAUGCAUAGAUGAUUAUGUACUUGUCACUAGCAUGAAAAAUGAUUCAUGGCUUUGGCACUUGAGGUAUGGUCACUUGUAUUUUAAUGGGCUGAAGUUGCUUAGUUAGAAAACUAUGGUAAAUGGUUUACCUUCCAAUACUUGUGUGGAUGAUAUUUGUAAGGAAUGUAUAUAUGGAAAGUAACAUAAGCUUUCUUUUCCUGUUGGAAAGUCUUGAAGAGCUAAGAAGCCUCUAGAAUUGAUCCAUACUAAUAUUUCUGGUCCAAUGAAUACUCCAUCAUGGAAUAAAAGUAGAUACUUCUUAUUGUUUAUUGAUGACUAUUCUAGGGUGUGCUGGGUGUACUUCCUAACUCAAAAAUCAGAGGCAAUUGAAAAUUUUUAGGAGUUCAAAGCUGUUGUUGAGAAAGAGAGGGAGCAAAUGAUAAAAAUUCUUGGAACUAAUAGAG